UGAGUCCUGCUGACAACUUUCUCCCUCGUAGUGCCUCCAAGCACCCUCCAUUUAACACAGACAGCCCUCUAUAUUGGCUUACUCCCUUUUAUCUUGCUUUCAUUAUCCUACUCCCAUCCCUCUUGCUUUCGUCGCCCCCCAGGAUAACAAAAAUGGACUCGACCACCCCGGCCGGGCAGCCGCACCUGGCCGUUUAACGCCUCGCGGGUCACGUGGGCGGCGCGCGCUGUAUGAGGGGGCGAGGCAGGAGAGCCCGCCGCCAUUUCGCGUCGUGUGGGGCUGGCGGCUGAGGGGCGCCAUGGGGCUCGUGUCCGGGCCCCCCGAGCCCGGCACUGCCGUCACCCUGCGAGUCUGUGCCGUGGGUACGUGCCCCGACGUGCCCGUAGUGCAGCUCUGGGGGUCGCUGGGCCAGCGCGGUGCUGAAUAUAUCCGCCUCCGCAGCGAGAUCCAGGCAGCAGCCGGGCCGCGCCUGGUGAAUGCACCAGGCCCUGUGGGGCAGGUGGCUGGUGAGGCUGAGCUGCAUGCUGGAGACCUGGGCCUGGUGGAGCUGGCCGGGCUCUGGUACCGCUGCUGUGUGGUGAGUCGCCGUGGCUGGGACUACCGUGUGUUCCUGCUCGAUGAGGGCUGCACGGUGGCUGUGUCUCCCUACUACCUGGCACGGGGCUGUAAGGAGCAUUUCUGCCUGCCGCCUGAGGUGCUGGGCUGUGUUGUGGCUGAUCUGAUGCCAGCUGGAGGCCCCGUGGCGGCUGCCUGUGGGGAUGCGCCUGUCUCCACCUGGACAGCAGAAGCUAUGGAGUUCCUCAGUCACCUGCGUGGCAAGGAGGUGUCGGGUGUGGUGCGGGAGGUGAUGGUGCCGCAGCAUCUCACGGUGCUGGAGCUGCCACAGCUGGUGGCCCAGAUGCAUCACCUGGGCCUGGCCAGGCAGGUUACUCCUGGUUGGUUCUGCCAGGUGCUCAAGGACUGUCUAACUCAUGAGCAGCUAACAGACCAGCUCAAACCGCAGUCUUCUGUGCGUUCCCUCACAACUUCCACUGUGCCACAGCUUUUCCAAGUUUUCCACUUACAUCAGCCAGCGUCACCUGCCUUGGACUACUUCUACCCACAGCUUCAGCUGGGUGUGACAGAGCCCGUCGUAGUGACCCACGUCUCCGACCCUCACCAUGUCUACUGCCAGUUGCAGAGCUUGUCGAAGGAGAUCCAUCGGCUUUCUGAUACCAUGCGCCACAUUUAUGACAGGUGGGAGCAAGAUUUACAACCCAAAGUGGGCUCACCCUGUGCUGCGCGUGGUGUGGGGGGCCGCUGGUACCGAGCGCUCCUGCUGGAGGUCACCUCUGGGGAGCAGGACCAGCAAGUGGCUCACGUGUUCUUUGUGGACUAUGGCAGGAAGGAGACUGUGAUGGGAGCUAGCCUGCGCCACCUGCCCCUCGAGUGUUUUCGCAUGCCUGUGGUGACUUACCCAUGUGCUCUUCAGGGUGUCUCGGAUGGGGGUUGUGGCUGGUCCCUGUCGCAGAUCAGUGAGCUGAAAGCGUUGGUGCUGGGCAAAGGAGUGCGAGCUCGCAUCGAAGCCUUUAACUCCUUUGAGCAUCUCUAUAAUGUGAGCCUGUAUGGGGAAAGUGGCAUCAACUUGAACCACGUCUUUGGGGUGCAAGCUCGCUGCCUGGUCAGCAGCCACGUGCAGGUCAGCCAGACUGAGGCGGGGGAGCAGCUGGAGGUGGAAGAAUCCGCAGCUGGAGAACUGGAACUGCCACCGGGAGCCCCUCCUGUUGCUUUAACGCCCAGAGAUCUGGCCUCUGCUCCUUCAGUUGGCGUGCACCUGAAGCUGGGUGUGUUCCACGAUGUGCAGGUCUCCCAUCUCCGAGACCCGUCCGAGUUCUGGCUGCAGCUCCACGAGCAUCACCGGCUCUUCAGGCAGCUGAUGCAGAGCAUGUGGAAUUUUUACUCCAAUGCCACGCAGCUGGGUGAUGUCGUAUGGGACCUACAGCCUGGAUCCCUUUGUUGUGCCAGUGGAAAAGAGGGUGACUUUUAUCGAGCAGUAAUCACCAGGGUUCUGGACAGUGGUGUAGAAAUACACCUGAUGGACAGAGGCAAUACCGAAACUGUAGACCGGGAUAGGGUAAAGGAGCUCCUUCCUCAGUUCAGGGAGCUGCCGGCUUUAGCUCUGAAGUGUUGUUUGGCAGAUGUCUCCCCUCUGAGCGGGACUUGGAGUGAAGACUCUGUGUCUGCCUUCAGAGAGAUUGUACUGAACAAGGGACUGAAGGUUCAUUUUUGCGGUGCACAGGGUGACAAAUACGUGGUUGAAAUUCUUGACCAGUCCCAACUGGGAGAGAAAAAUGUGGGUAAACUCAUGGCUCAGGGGGGGUAUGCUGAGCACCAGGGGUGUGAAAUGCCUGAGACUCCUCAAAAAUCAUCUGAUAAGGCUGCGAGGCGGGCCUCUUCUGCAGCGGGUGCUGGGGAAGAAAAACAAAUGAAUACAGCUAAAAAGCUCAGAGAAGAACCUGGUCUAAAGAAAAAUGAUAGAGCACUUAGUCCUGCAGCUGUGAUGGUCAAGGAGAGCCCUGUUGCAACCACUCACGGUUCUAAAAGUACUGAAUCUCUUCCUGCUCAGAUGUAUGAGGGCAAGGAAAACCUGCCCAUCUCUCACAGGCAGAGUUACCUGGAAAUGAGGCCGACUUUCUCUUACGGGGGUCAGUUGGAAGUGGGAAGUACAGUUAGUGUGGUUGUAUCGUGUGUUGAAAGUCCUGGUUAUUUUUGGUGUCAGUUAAGUAGAAAUUCUGAUGACUUCGCUGUAUUAGUGGCUGACAUUCAGGAGUACUGCGAAAAUUCGUCCCACCCCAAUACUUGGCCGAAUUCUGUAUGCUUAGCCCAGUACUCAGAGGAUGAAAAAUGGUACAGGGCACUGAUUGUCAGCGAAGUUACUUCUGCAGAAAAAGUAGAAGUCAUAUAUGUUGACUAUGGCAACAGAGAGUGGGUGUCUCUAACGAGUCUCCGCUCAAUUCCUGAACGCUUCCUCCAGUUAAAGGCUCAGGCUUUCAGGUGCAGCCUGUACAACUUAAUCCAGCCUAAUGGUCAGGACCCGUUUGUUUGGGAUGAAGCAGCAGUUCUGGCCUUUCGGGAGUUUGUUGAUGCCUCAUCAUGUCACUUUGAGCUGAGGUGCACAAUAUUUGCCUUGGCUUCUGUUAAUAAUAAGGAGCUCUUUAAUGUUGUAGAUUUAAUGACACCUUUCCAGAGUGCUUGCCGGUUUCUGACAGCCAGAGGUGUGGCCAGACCUCUGUCACCUCAAAAACCUCUGGCAUCCUGUGUUCAGCUCCAUUCAUUCUAUUUUUCCACGCACGAUAUCAAAAUUGGGAGUGAGGAAGAGGUUUUUGUUACUCACGUUGAUGAUCCGUGGACGUUUUACUGCCAACUUGAACGAUGUGCAGAUGUCUUAGCACAGCUUACCGAUAACAUCGGGCGCCUCAGUGAAACAAUGACCAGCUUAGAAACUUUGCCAAAGUCUGGAGGCUUGUGUCUGGCAAGGUACACCGAUGGUAGCUGGUACAGGGGAGUAGUUACAACCACAAAACCGAACAAGGAAGUCUUUUUUGUGGAUUUUGGUAACACAGAGACAAUGGAGAAAGAUAAUCUGCUUCCUAUACCAAGUGAUGCUUAUGAUAUUUUGCUUUUGCCAAUGCAGGCCAUAAAGUGUUCCUUAUCUGACAUAGCCAACGUUCCCAAAGAAGCUACAGCGUGGUUUAAGCAAGCUGUCCUGGAAAGGCAAUUAAAAGCAAUAGUUGUAGCGAAGGAAUCCGAUGGUAAACUGCUAAUUGAGUUGUUUGAUGGUAAUACUCAGAUCAAUGCAAAACUGAAGGAGGGGUUAAGAUUAAGAAAUAAGGCAGGACUGAGUAGACAAGUAGAAAAUGAAACUUUGUGCUCUAAAGGUACAGAUGUGAAAAAGAGGAACGGGCCUGCAGAGUCUUCUCUGAAUACAGGUAGGCCUCUUGAAAGAAAAAAAUGCAGAUCUGAAGCCUGGGGAGGAGAGGAGAGUAGCAAAAUGCACGUCAAGCCAGAAGGUGUAAGCCUUCGCCAGCCUUCUGCGAAGAGAAGACUGGCAGAUGAAUUACUGGAAGCUGAUGAGAAGUUGAGCAGUAGUGAAGGUGCUUUGUCAGACAGAGUGGGGGAGGAAAAGCAGUCUGUGCCGUCUGUCGAGGUGGAUGCCCAGUCGGAUAAUAAAUCUGGAACCGAAGGCAGAUGUAUACCAGUUAGAAAUGUAUCUGACCUACCCCAGCAGAGCAUAACGCCAGCUCAUAAAGCGUUAACGUAUGUUUCUCACGUAAAUGAUCCUUCAGAUUUUUAUGUUCAACUCGCAAGCGAUGAGGCUCAGCUAAACAGCGUUUCAGAGCGCUUAAACAAUGAAACGCCAGCAAAGGGCCCUUGUGGGCGACCCUUGCAAACCGGAGACUUGAUCAGUGCUGUUUAUUCCGAGGACACCCUGUGGUAUAGAGCUGUAGUAAAAGGGAAGACUUCCGACAAUUCGAUCAGCAUACAGUAUAUUGAUUAUGGUAAUACCGCAGUGAUCAGCGGUGAUCAAGCGCACAGGCUCCCUGAAGACUUAGCUUCGGUUCCAGCAAUGGCCAUUCACUGCUCGCUAGGUGGACUUAAAUGCAGCAAAAGUACAGGCUGGACAGAGAAGGCGAUCGAGUACUUCACCAAGAGAACAAGUGAAGCGCUGCUCACGUGCGGAUUUGUAGAGAAGGCUGAGGAUAAAUGGGCAGUUACUCUCAGUGAUGAUCAAGGUAUAAUAACAGUCCAUUUAGUUGAUGAAAACCUUGCAAGAAGGGAAGGGUCUUAUUCAACUGAAAUACUUGAUGGAAGAGAGAAUGGUGAUGUGAUAAAUACGUGCCAGCCUUUGCCUUCUCAGGCACAGAAUGAAAUUUCCAGUGUAAGUGAUAGUAAAUCAUUUAUCUGGAAGUUUCCCGAGGCAGGUCAGACUGUACAAAUUUAUGUCACGGUGGUAAAAGGUCCAGAAUAUUUUUGGUGUUGCAGUGCUGAUACAGAGAGCGUAAACUACGUAGAGGAAAAAAUAAAGGAAGCUGAAAACCUUGGACUAAGCUCUCUGAACAAUUGCAUUAAAAGUGGUGAUAUUUGUCUAGCAAAGUACAGCCAGGAUGGGAAGUUCUACAGGGCCAAAGUCACCAGUGUAACAGAUGGCAACGUAGUUGUUAGACAUGUGGAUUAUGGAAGUGAGGAGACUGUUGGCUUGGAGAUGCUCAGGCAAAUUCCAUGUGAAUUGCUCAAAGUACCCAAUCAAGCGUUUGCUUGCUGCCUGUCAGGUUUCAAUUCCUCAGAGGGCUCAUGGCUUAGUGAAGCAAAAGAGAAGUUUUAUGAUAUGACUGUAGAAGUGCUACUGGAAGCUGAAGUAGUAGAAACUCAGGAGGAUAAAGCUUUUGAAGUCCCUCUGUCUGUUGUCAAGCUGGAAGCAUCUGGGAAGAGUAUUAAUGAAGAGAUGAAAGCUUUCUGGAAGGCUACUAUAGGAAGUGAUCACAAAGCUGUCCCAAACCUUGAGAGCCCCUUACAGAGAAGCAGCUGUUCAAGCAGUGAUACGGGUCCGUGCCUCAAAAGAGAAACUACUGUUGUUUGUGGACUAGCUCAGGAAGGAAGUGGAAGUGCUUUACUUCAUUCUGAAUGUUUCUUGGAUGUCACUUCUGGGAGUUCAGACGCUGUAGGAGCAAACACGUCGGUGGGAGCUGUUGAGCAUGUGCCUGGGAAAGCUGAUGAUGGACCUGAAACAGCUGAGACUCAAAGCAGCUUUGACAAAGAGGUCCCUCUGCUUGAAGAAGAGCCCGCUGUCGAAGUAUUACCAGAAGCAGCGAGAAGCUGCAGUCUUCAUGUUUUGGGGAGUGGGAUGAAACCUGCGCUGCAGGAGCUGCCUGGAGCGCCGCUCCUACAGGACGCUGAGCUGAAAGCAGAGCAGACAGGUGGUGCUUCCCCAGGCAGCCUUUUCCUAGGGGGCAAACAAAAAGAGCUGCUGAGAUGGCCACUGCUCCAGGUACAGCCUCCUGCAGGUGAUGACACAGAGGCGUUGAUGGAACUGGAUCAGUUACAAAUGCACUCUUACGAUGAUUUAAGAGAGUUCCUACUGGAACUGGAUGCUCUUUCAGUGUACUCCUCAGCUGAUGAAGAAAUGAAGGAAGCACUGGAAAGAGAGUCACCUGAAAUGCAGACUGCUGCUGGCACUGAAGCAAGAGAGAAAGCGUUGGAUCGGGACGCAUUUGAGCUGCCACUCUUGCACGAGGAGAUGGAGGAGUUGGCGGUUCUGAAAUCACUCGAAAUUUUACCCUCGCUUACCGAGAGAGACAACCUGGCACCUUCGGUUAGCGAUGGAGGGAAGGCAGAGCUGUUUCCAUCUGACGUUCAGCUUGCUUUGGCAGAGAACGCAAAGGCACUGGAACUGGAUUUGUCAGGGGUUCAUAAAGCAGAAGCUUUGCAAGAAGAUUGGAUAGAAGUGGAGCCUCCCCUAAUGCUGCCUCUGGCUGAUGGUAGGCCUGAGAAACAGCUGGACCUAAAGACCCAUGACAUGCUGUCGAUGCUAGGCGCCGAGAUUGAGCAGCUGCUGGAGCUGGUGCUGCCUGAUGUGCAGCCUUCUCAGGAGGAUGGAGACGAGGACUCUUUAGAGCUGGAACACACUGCCCUGCAAAGUUCUGCAAAUAGUGGGAGUCAAUUUUCAUUUCUUACAAAAGACUUAACAAGCCAGAGGCCUGUUUGCACCAUAAAAUCAUGGGACUGCAAAGUUGAGAAACAUAAGGAGUGGCAAAAGAAGAAAGAUGACCGUUACGUGGAAGAAUGGAUGAGAAAGGACUUGGAUGACCGUUACGUGGAAGAAUGGAUGAAAAAAGACUUGGCUGAAUCGUUUAGAGAAAGUGGAAGGGCACUUACACACGUGCAGUCUUCAGGCUGUAAACGUAUGGAUGAAGAAACAGGAAAAACGCAAAAUGCUAACUUGGCUGGCCACAGUGCAGAAUGCGGCGAAUAUAUUUGUAACCUAAAAGGCUUUGCCGUUGGUUCAAAAUGCGUGGUGUGGACGUCCCUCAAAUGGUGUGAGGCUCGCAUUUUGGAGGUAUCUGAAAAAGGUACCAGGGUAUUGAAUCUCUCUACUGGCAGUGAGGAGAUCGUGGAUCCGGAGAACGUCUGGAACGUUAUUCCUGACCGGGCUGGCAGAUCACCCACGGCAAUUAACCAUGCAGCAGAGAACACGCUUCCCUCACCAGAGGAAUCCUUACUUCAAGGAGAGCAAACCAGUUGCGGUUCAGCUAAAUCUGAAAAAUCUGAAGAUCCUUAUUUUCUCUAGCAUUCCUGAAAGAAUGACGUGUUCUCCACGUGGAGCUUCAAGCAAGUACCUGUGUACACACCAUUGCCAUGAAAAUGGGUUUUCAUGGGAACAAGACUACAAGCAGAACACAGUGUUUCUUCUGCCUAACUGAGUAAAUGCCUUACUGCCAUACUUCCCUGUCGAAGAAUUAGUGGUUGCUGGCAGGCUGCUGUCUGCUUGGCAUCUUAAAGCUGUGCUUUCUUUAAUUAAACAAGAAUGUGCCUCUUGACAGGCAUUCAUUACUGAAUGCUUUUGUGUCCUAACUUAUGCCUGGCUGUCAGUGGGUGGUUCUUGAACAAAGGCUUCUUGUGAGUUACUGCUGUAUAGGCUACUGUGGCGCACAACUCUGCUUUCUGGUGUUUUCUUUUCAAAAAGUUGCAUUCUUGGUUUCUUUUGUUGUUUAUUUUCUUUUAGAAAAGUUAAGGGUAUUUACGGGGAGGGGGUUGGGGAAGUUUUUCUGCUCUAGAGAAACAGUUGUGUAGCAUUGGAAGUCUUGUAUUUGUAACAGCACCAAAGCAAUGGAAGAAGCUGGAAUAAAGCUGACUGACACUGGGGCAUGCUCUACAGGGUUUUGUUAAAUUUUUUGGCUUUCUUUCCCUAUGCAUUUGCCCAAAUGCAGUGUAACACGUACAGUGUACCACAUACUGUCACAGGUGCUGUAUGUCUGCAGCUGUACUGCAGGGGAUGUGGCUAUGCACACCCUGCAGUUAUUGCUUUUCUGUUUUGAUCCUGAGGAGUUCUCUAGAGCACUGUGAGCCAUGCCGAAUGCUUUGUAACACUAGAAACACUACACAGUUGUGUACAAAACCGAACUUGGGUUUGAGAUGUAGCCUUUAACAGCAGUAACGAAAGCUGAAGCCUUUCCUCUCAGUAUGAAGCAGACCUAGCAGUGUGGUUGUGCUGCUGCAUGUGUGGUGUGCUCCCAGCUGCAGCUUACCACACAACUUAUGCUCUUCAUGUGUUGAAAAGGAGGCGCUCUUUUUCCUAUUCCUGUUCCAUGCUUCUGUACAGUGUAGGUUCUUUUGAGGCUGGGAGUUUUUCACAGUGCCAUAGCAAAUUGCAAACACAAGGUCUCAUGUUGUAACUGUCUUGCUGAGCAUUACAAUAGAUCCUGAGCAUUACUGCUCACUCAGUAAGAGAAACACUUGCAUAUUGAUUCCCCUUAGCAGAGACAAGACACGGUGGUAGGCUGUAAAGAAUUUAAUUAAAUUCUGAACAACAGGCCUUAGCUGUCAUUGCAAUCUCAUGUUAAGAUCACAGAUUAUAUAAAUACUUAAAUUACAGUUAAAACACAACUGGAGCAAGCAACACAGUUGUUUGUAACCUUAUUUUGAAACAAAUAGGCUACAGUUAGUAGUCCCCCUCUUGCAAGGCUUAUUCACUUAGAAGUUGUUCUUCCUUGUGGCAACUUGAGAGUUCUGCUCUAAAAAUCAGAGCUGCCUGCAGCCGCCCACACAGCCAGCUGUUUCUGCUAACACAGACAGCAAUGCUAGAACCUGAACAAAGAUGACUAGCUGGAGAGUAUUACAACUGUACAGGACGACAUGAUCAAAAAAUGCUUGCAUGCCCCUCUUUAAAGGGAGCAGCUAGAACUGACACAUCUAUUCCACAGGUUCAUCUACAGCGGUGGUACCGAGUGACAGUGGUAAUAGAGAUACUAGUGGUAACAUAGGGAAUAACACAAGAGACCCUACUUAAAGCUUUGCCUAGGGGGGUUACACUUACUACAGUGAGUGACCAUUUCAGCAGCUUUUUGAAUGGAAACCUCCUCUGAGUGUGGCAGCAUGAACAGAUUUUAAAAAUGUAAGUGGGAUAAGUUCAUAUGAAAAAUCGUGUGUCAGAACAAACUCCUUGCUUUGCUGUUACCUUAAACUAUUUCCUGUUGCUUUUACUGUAGCUCUUCUUUUAAGUAGACAGUUCUGAAGAGCUUCUUCCUGGUACCUCUCUAACUAGAAGGAACAGAAAUCUGCCCCAACUCCCAGCUGUUCCCAGAGCACAGCUGAAAUAAUUAAGUUUAAUAAAUUAGUUUCUUCUUACACUGGAAAAAAAAAAGGCUUGCUGGAUGCAAACUGACUUAAAGCUUGGUAAGCAGAACUUUAGUUGAAUUCCUGGUAGUUUAAUUUAUCUCUGCAAAGUUGAUUCUAGGUCAGAAACAGAAUAUUUAAAUUACUAUCAAGUGAUUUCCUGCCCCCCUCCCCCCCACUGCCUAUAAAGCAGAAAUUACCCUGUUACGGUAUUAUUUCUGAGAAU